AUGACUCUCCUCCCUCUCCAGAUCAUCUCCCCAAUGGGAGGCUGGGCAUAUGACCGCCCCCUACUGGCCUCCCCAGUCCUAGGGUCUGCCAGUUGGCCUGUCCCAAGCGGAGGCAGGGUCUCUAUUCGCCCCAUUCAUCCAAGACCUCACUGGCACCCCCCCCACCCAGCUGCAACCUCCUCCCGACUACAGCUCCUUGCCAUCCCUAAGUCUGUCCACCCCCAGUAUGCCCAGGACCGUCCAGUUAUCUGGCCAGUGCCUGGGCCAGUGAGGAAGGCAGUAGCCAGUGAGCGGGUGCAGGUCCUUUCACGGCCCAACCAGCGGAAGGCACUGUUCCAAGGCUACAACCCGUACACGGUUACCCUAGCUGCACGCUCCGCUAGCGCCUCGCCGCGCCUACAGGAGCUUUGUCUGCCCCUGCCGCGGAAAUGCAAGGGCAAAUAGACGAAUGCAUCUCAUCUCACACCUCUGCAGUACCUCCAGCCGCCUCUUCUUCAGAUACUGUCUCCUAUACAGCAUGUCUAUGUCCCUGAUCACCACUGCUCCAUAUUAAAGCCCAUCUACGAUAUCAUUGAGACAUGUUGCUGGGUCUUUGUUCUGGUCCAGUGGGACCGCUGGCUUUAGAAGGUGGAUUGUUUAGUGCUGUGACGUUCCACAGCGGGCUGUUCAUUCAACUGAACUGAAGUGACUUUUACUAUCACCAAAGGGGAGUUGUCACGGACCUAGAACAUUACAACGCACAUUACAAACAUAAAGCGAAAACCACCUGAAUGUAAAAGUGUACCUUAUAUAUUUUAGUGUGCAAUUGUAGUAGGUGACAGAUUUAGAAAA